AUGGUUGGGGAUGAUGUCACUCUGCCAUGCCACCUGAGACCUCCCACAGAUGUCUUCAACGAGAUGCUCGAGUGGUCGAGACUUGACCUGAACCCAAGAUUUGUCCAUAUGCGGCGGUCAGGAGAGGACAACCUCCAGGAUCAAAACCCAUCAUACAUGGGAAGAACAUCAGUGUCCAUCGAAGGUCUAAACAAAGGAGAUGUCUCACUGAAUCUCUCCAAAGUGAAACUUUCUGAUAAAGGAACAUACAGAUGCUUUAUUCCACGGUUGAGUGAACAAUCUGAUGUUCAACUAGUUGUGGAGACAGUCAAAAGUCCUGAUGCCUUCUCUACUGUCAGCAGUGACGUGACUGUGAAAAUUCCUCCAGGUCAGACCAAGGAGCACCAAGAUGGCGGGGAAACAGUGGAAUCUAGAGACAAGAAUAGCAACUCUGAAAGUGAUGAUUCAGAACAAAAGCCUCUGAUAGAAAAAGAUACAAACACAGAGAAACUCAAAGCAGAAGAAGAAACAAAGGAGGCCCUGGAUCUGAAGAUCCCUCCUGAACCCUUAAGUGAAAAAUCACAACUUACACAUGAAGAGCAGCUCAUGACAGAAAAUAAAACUGACAGUGUCCUGGUCCAGAUAGAAGGGGGGGUAGCAGAGAAGGAAGGACAACAAGAUAAGAAUAAGGACAACAACAAUGAUGACACAAACCGUCAGCCUGCAAUCGUUGGACAAACAGAUCAGCUCCCAGUAGCACAGACUUUUGUGGUCAAGAAAGAGAAAGACAAGAAAACAAAAUCUGGAAAUACUAGAAACGGAGAAGCAAAGAAUUAUCUUGACAAGGAAGAUAAAAAAAAGAAAACACAACCUAGAAAUAUUGACACAGACGGCACAGGGUUGACACAGGGUUUGAAUGGAGGACAAGAAGCUCAGCAGGCAGCAGGAGAGACAAAAGACAAUUUAGAUCAGACAGUGAAAACUGAAGGAAGUGAGAUUUUAUCCACAGAGACCCAGGAGCACCAAGAAGACGAGGAUACAGUGCAAUCUGGAGACAAGAGCAACUCUACAAGUGAUGAUUCAGAACAAGUGACUCCGACAGCGACAGAUACAAAUACGGAGGCCCUGGAUGAGGCUAAAUGUUCAAUAAAGGAGGAAAGACAAAAUGAUAAGACUAAGGAGAAGAACACUGAAGGUCAGAACACUGAAGGUCAGAACACAACACAUAUACCAGGUGACACAAAGUCUCAGCCUGUAACCGAUGGGCAAACAGAUCAGCUCCCUGCUACACAGACUUCCAUGAAAGAUGAAGACAAGGAUACAGUGAAAUCUGGAGACAAGAGCAACUCUACAAGUGAUGAUUCAGAACAAGUGACUCCGACAGCGACAGAUACAAAUACGGAGGCCCUGGAUGAGGCUAAAUGUUCAACAAAGGAGGAAAGACAAGAUGAUAAGAAUAAGGACAAGAACACUGAAGGUCAGAACACAACACAUAUACAAGGUGACAAAAAGUCUCAGCCUGUAACCGAUGGGCAAACAGAUCAGCUCCCUGCUACACAGACUUCCAUGAAAGAUGAAGACAAGGAAACAGAAUCUGGACAUACUGGAGCAGAAGAUCAGAUAGCAGGAGAGACAGAAGACAAUCCAAAGUUGACAGGGAGUGAAGGAAGUAAUGUCUCACAUCCAGCAUAUGAAGGACAACAAGAGAAUAAUGGGCAUAAAAAUAAAAAUGAGCAUAAUCUUGAUAAGGAAGAUGAAAAACAGAAAACACAACCUAAAAGUAAUGACACAAAAGGUCAAGGUCUAAAUGUAAAACAAGAAGCUGAGCAGGCAGCAGAAGAGAAAAAAGAACAUUUGGAUCAGACAGGGAAGAGUGAAGAAAAAGGUUCACAACAAACUGAUAAAGAGAAGACGAAUGUGUGUGAAGGACAGGGGGGGGAGAAUGUAAUACCUAAAAAUGAGAAAGAAAAUCUCCAGUCUCCAAAUGAUAGACAAACAAAUCAGCUUUCAGUUACCAACAACAGCACAGAGGUGAACAGUCCAAUUCCAGAAGGAACACAACAAGAUGUGGCCAAGACCGAAUAUCAGCUGUCCACGGAGGAAACAAGAACACAAAAUGAUGCAGAUACAAGUCAGGGAGAGAAUGUGACCUCAAAUUAA